AUGUUCCACUCAGACAUCUUCGAGCGUGACGUCCAGGACCCUUGCAGCUACGCUUGCGACUCUGCCGACGCACCCGUGCACCUCCAGCCCUACGACCCUCAGCCCUACGAGUCCCAGCCCUAUCCCUAUCCCUAUCCCGGUGUAAAUCCCAAUGUAAAUCCCGGUGUAAAUCCCAAUUUGAAUUCCCUAUCCCUAUCCCAGUCACACCCGUCUCUUUCUCCGCAGCCCCACUCGCCAGCGCCCAGACGUUGCCGCACAAACAGCUCCACGCUGAUCCUGCGCCUGUCCCGCCAGAGCUCACGUGCCGAGCUCGGCGCUUCGGACCUUCCUGCGCUGCUGGCCAGCCCAGGAUUUACGUCGCCAGCCGCACCGACCCCGCCACCGUCUGCAUUCCGUGACCCCGCAUUGCGCGACCCAGCGUGUCCAGACGUUCCAGAACACGGUCUGGCUCGCUCACUCUCGCUUUCCACGACUCCCCUGUUCACCACCAGCUCCAACACCUGCUCGGCAAUCCCCACCCAUCUGUAUGGUCUAGAGAAAUACGUCGAUUCCCACCUGGUCGAUGCGUUCCAAGGGUCGCCCCAGUCUGAUGAUGCUGAAAGCUUUGCCUCUGACGAUGACGAUAGUGACGACGAUCAAUUGACUAUCGGCCACGUGGCUCGUGACACGCUGACCAAACGUUGUUCAGUGCCGGUGUCGCCUAUUUCUCCUGCAAGUCCCAAGAAUUCAGCCAGGCAUUUUAUUUCCAAGAAAUUCUGGCUCAAUUCUUUGAACUUCAACCACCAUCAUGGGAGUGGGAGUGGGAGUGGGAGUGUAAGUACAAGUGCAAGUGCAAGUGCAAGUGCAGCCACGAAUGCAGACCCAAGUGCCAGCCCAAGCGCGCAUGCGUUUUCUAUAGAUUCGAAAAAAAACAUUCCCAAGAAACCAUUGACUCCCAAGAGAAACUCAGUAAUAAAACUCUCCUUAUCCAAAUCGUUUGCCUAA